AGACUCAGUGAAUUUCUGGACUUUGUCUGAAGCUGUUCGAUCAUGAAACUGUGGCUCGAAGCUUGUUUUCUGUUUGCGCUCCUGUUUGUGAGCAGCUCGGCUCUCACGCCUGAAUGUGAGAAGCUGAUCGAGCCUUUGACUCUGGAGGAACAACUCAAGGCGUACGGCAGAAUGAACAUCCUGAUGGGCUUCGCUGAUACUGCCGGUUUUAAAGGCAUCCAGAAAGCGUAUGGCAGCUACUGGAUGGACAUCACGGCUUCACCGUCUGGUCCCGGUCAUCUUGUUGUUGCUCAUCAUAAGAAAAUAAACGGAGUCUGCACGAGUUCAACUGUGAACAUGACGGUUGAAGGAAACACUGCAAGAAUUCGACAUCCUGGAGUUUCUGGAGAUUACCAAAUUCUGCCGAGCUGCGAAGGCUGUCUGUCUCUCAGCGUCAACUACACAAUCGCAGACAUGCAGAACUUCCUUGAAAGGCUGAAUGUCAACAUCACAGUUGGACCAGGGGCCAUCAGCUCUCACUCUCUUUUUCUGAUGGCCAACAGGACGAGCGUGACGGACUCAGAUAUGGAACACUUCAACAAGCAGGUGGAGUGCUUCGGGUUCUCUGGAGAACCGGACUUCCGCUACGAUGAAAAGACAAGUUUCUGUCCGGAUGGCGAAAACAUUGAGGCGUGAAAACCUCCAACGUGACAAUAAACACUGAUACUGAGGAAGUGAAGAGACAACAAGUGUCAUUCAACCUCAAAUGUGUAAUGAUGUAAUAAAACGCUUUAACAUCAAGGUU